AUUUUCGAGUAGUUUACUGAAACAAACGAACACAUUGAAAGUAACGAAACAAACAUGGUGUCCCUGCGCUUCCCUUUCUUGUCUUCUCUACCCCAACCACCACCUCAACCCUCACGCCCCUUCUCCACACUCGCUGCAGCAGCAGCGGCUGCCGCUGGAGCCACCGCAGCCUUCGUCUCCAUCUCCUCCUCCGACCGUGACAGGAAUGCCAUGAGUUCGCUCUUCUCUUCCCACCACUCCUUGCCUCUCUGGGGUUCCCUCAGUUUGGCUGACAAUGCGGCUCCCGUUGUCGAGUCGAGAACCGGAUCGUCUUUCCCUUCAGCUCUAGACUCUUCUCAGAAGCUCUGUGGUAUUGGGUUGCGCAGGAAAUGCAUUUUUGGACUGAAGAAUAUUGAUGUGUAUGCAUUUGGUGUUUAUGCUGAUGAUGAUGACAUAAAGAGAUGUCUUUCUGAGAAAUAUGGGAACUUGUCUGCUUCCCAAUUGAAGGGUAAUAAGGAGUUCAGUGAAGAUCUACUGGAAAAUGAUAUAUCCAUGACAGUUAGACUUCAAAUUGUUUAUGGCAAAUUGAGCAUUCGUUCAGUACGUAGUGCAUUUGAAGAGUCUGUAGGAAGCAGGUUGCAAAAGUAUGGAGGAUCAGACAAUAAAGAAUUGCUUCAGAGGUUCACCUCACAGUUUAAAGAUGAAUUCAAAAUACCACGUGGAUCUGUAAUUCACCUUUCAAGAGAGAAGGGCCACAUUCUUCGCACAUCAAUUGAUGGACAGGAAGUGGGAAGCAUCCAGAGUAAACUCCUAUGUAGGUCACUCCUAGAUUUAUAUGUUGGGGAGGAACCGUUUGAUAAACAAGCCAAAGAAGACAUUGAGCUCAACAUUGCUUCUUACCUCCAGAAAUAGACUGUUAAGUUGAAAAUCUUCUCUAAGACAUGGAUUCUACACUUGUCAAUUUACUCAAUUCCAUGCCUCUAGUAAUUUUCGUUUCAUGUCUCUUAGUUAUCAAUUUAACCUUGUUGAUGUAUGCCUUGGGCUUCAAGAUUGUCGUGUGAGUUUAAUCAUAUCUCAUAACUAUUUUACUCUGACAAUUCUUUAGAGUUUCGACUAUUAGCUGCGAUUAAUUUAGUUUCUCGCUCUUGUACAUGAAAAUGUAACAUCUAGGAUCCGAAGUCAAGAGAAUUUAUGGCAUUUUGGAUUCACCUCAUAAUUGAUUCUGGCAAUUGUAGAAGGAGGCUAAUGUGCCCUAUUUAAUUUCUUAUUUAGGCUUAUCCCAAAAGCCUAAACAUCU